GGGCUGGAGACCUUCGUGUCCGUGGCCAAGACGCUGCCGUCGGCCGAGGUGUACGAUGUCGUGGAGGGGUACGUGAAAAUCUCCAUGGAGUGCGCUGAGAUAUUCAAGCUUCUGGACGGGGAAAGGAGACCUGAAAGCGAAAUGCUGUUAAUCUUUCAAGCUCUGGAAGCCAUUUUACUGAGGACAGCCAGUGACCUCUCCCAUUUUUCUGUUGUGGGAAUGAACAUUGUCAAAAAGUUGAUUCAUUCGUACAUGAAACUGGUCUAUGCUGCUUUGUAUUCCGAAAAUCACAGGCUGAGCCGAGGGUGCCUCACGCUGCUGUCGGCAAUGGUGGCCCAGGGCCCGGAUUCAGCAAGGGAUGUGUAUAGCCAUUUUGAUUUCAAUAACAAAUAUCUGCCUGGACUGCUGAAAAAAAGAUCUAAUAAGGGGAGAAUUGACGUCCGCAUGGCCUAUAUUCAGUUUGCUCUCUCCUUUUUAAUUGCUGGUGACAAUGCAGUCUUGACACAGGUGCUGGAAUUAAAAGAUUUCAUUCCAGGUAUUUUUCGCUCUGAAGUAAAGGAAGACAGAGUUUCUACUGUAAAUCUUCUACUCUCCACACUGAGAACUAAGGUCGUUCAAAAUAAAAAUAUCACCAAAACCCAGAAGGUUCGCUUUUUUACUGCAGAAGUGCUGAUCCACAUUGCUUCUCUCUACCGGUGGAAUGGGAUUACUGAUGUCAGCCCUGGGGAUUUAGAGGUGACUCAAGGUUCUGAAGAGGUGGGAAAAACGAUGGUACGGGAACUCGUGCAUAAUUUUUUAAUGGACCUCUGCUGCUCUCUGAAACAUGGCAUAACGUUCUAUGAUCCAAGUCUUGGAACUUCUGGCAAGGGAGGAAAUGUGGUACUUCUGCACUUUCUGCUUGGUUUAAAAACUGCAACAGAAGAUGACAUGGUUGCUGAUCUCAUGGUGAAUGUUCUCAAAGUAUGCCCUGAUUUAUUGAAUAGAUACUUCAAGGAGACCCAGUAUUCCUUUGUUCCUAGAAUGAAGUCUGCUUGGAUGGACAAUAUGAAGUUGCUCAAGAAGAUCUAUGAGGCUCAACCAGAGGUCUCCAAUUCUUUUAAGACUUCAGAAUUUAUCCCUCUUCCCAGGUUGCUUUCUAUGGUGAUGGUGACAACAGUCCCUGCAGUGUGCAAUAAAAUAAUGUUCACCCAAGGGUUAAAUUUACCCAGCACAGCAGUGAAGCACAACAUCCUGUCACUGGUGUCCAUGGUGCUGAGAAGAGCCUUGAAGAACAUUGAGUACUGUUUGACUGAGGAAACCUGGCAAAGGUCAGAAAUCUACACCCUGUCAGGGAUGCAGGAGUUUGUGCAGCUGUACAGAGAAGCCAUCAGCAAGCUUUUACCAGACAUGAACAGUAUCGUGGCUGUCUGGCAGUCCCUUCUGAAGCAAGGGAGAGAACACCAUGAUGGCCUAGAGGAGAAAAAGGAAGGUGAUACCUCCACUGGGAAGACAACCGAGACAGCAGAAGUUGCUGAACAGCAUGGUUCAGAUGAUGCCGAGACGCUGUUUCUGAAAGCUGCUCUCCUUCAGGUCAUAUGCCUUUAUCAGAAGGUUGUGCCCCACUUGGUAGCACGGAGCAACUUUGAUUUUAGCAAGCUGCUGAAAGGUAUCGUCACUGAAAAGGGCCUCCGGGAAGAGGUCCCUCCUCUCCUGCAGCACCAUAUACUGAGAGUGGCUUUGGAACUUCCUGCAAAUAAAUUUGCCUGGUUCAGAGUACAGGACAUCUCUGAGACAGAGAAGGUGUCUGGUGAAAAAUCAGUCUUCUAUUUACUGAUGAAAAUGUUUGUUACAAGUAACCAUUCUCAUCUGAAAAUUUCCACUAAAAAACUGAUCAUCAAGGUUUUACGUGACAGUGGAGUGUUUGAGUACACGUGGAAGGAACUUACAGUUUGGCUGGAACACUUGGAUAAUACAAAAGAAGACCAAAAGGAAGCAGUGAUUCAGUUUUUGGAAAGGGUCCUGCUGAAACUGGUGACAAACCCCUAUCCCUACACAGACAAGGCAGCAGACCUGGUUCAGGAAGCCAGCAUGCUCCAGGUCAAUAUGUUUAAACAGGACUCUGAUAACAUCAGCAUCCCCAUCUCUCACAUUGAUGAUGUCCUGGAUAUGGUGGAUGUCAUGAUUGAGGGCAGUGAUGGCUUAGAUGAGGAAAUUGAGUUCACUUUAAAUGAAGACAUGAUUAUUCAAACAUUUCCAUUCAGUGCUGUUGUCCCUGCUGCAUUAGAAGCCAGGAAUGUACUGUUGCUUCAGUCUGAAAACGGAACAGGAGCACACAUCGUGGAGUACCUUGUUGCUGUUUUCACUGACCUCCUGCACUCUCAGAGAGAACCUUUGGCCCUCUGCUUGAUGUUCCAGCUCUAUGAUAAAGAUCUGAAGUCCCUGAAAGUUUCCAAGUACCCUCAGCUCUACCAGUUUAACCAGUACUAUAAACUGUGGAUACCCCAGCAAUCUCAGGAACCUGUGUUCAAAACCCACAAAGAGGUAAGCAAAGAACCUUCUGUGGCCCUGGAUUCUGUGUUUACCACUUUGUUAAAGAGAGCCUACGAGAGAGGAAGCAAUACCUUACUGGAAGAUGGUAUCCAGACAAAAUUGAGAGACCUGGCUUCCCAGCUCCCACCUGAACAGCUUUCGUUGGGAGUAAAGCAUGUGUUGCUAUACCUGAAAUCCACAGUGGAGAGCUUCGGCAGUCUUAGUAAAACUUCUGGUCCUCAACUUGUUGACCUCUAUGUGGACCUGCUGAACAGCUUGUUGUGCCGGGGCAAUCAGAUAGAGUUGGAUUAUCAGCAGAAACGGGAGGAGCAUCAGACUGAGUCAGAUCUCUUUGUGGAUGAGGAAUCUCUGAUCACAGAGGAGUCUUCAAAUGACAAGACCCUGGAAGAUACACUCAUGUUAAUUUUCGGACAUCCUGUGCUGGAGAGUUGGUUCCUGGCUUUAGAACUACGUUCUGUUCCUCAGCCUGGUUUGAACCCUGUCACUGUGAAACUCCUGUCAGCUCACCUCAAUUCUGGUGUGCUCCAGCUGCUGAAAACAGGUGCCCCCAUCUUUCAGAGCAUCACAACAGAUCACAGACAUGUGUUGUCCAAGUAUUUCGAAGCUAUCACAAAAAGUGUCUUGAAAGAGCUGCAGGCUGUGGGGAAAGACAGCAGCCGGAUCUCUCCCAGGAAGUCUCACCAGCUGCAGGCUCUGGAGGAGUUGCACAUACACAUGAGUGCAGCUCAGCUGAAGGACAUCACUUUAACCAUGCUGCGACUUCCUGAGACAAGCUUGACUGCUCAGAAAUCUGAAAAAUCCCCUAAGAAAGGGAAACAGUUGAGCUUCUAUGGACAGAUUUUGGUGCAGCUCCUCACAGACAGCUACCAAAGGCAGCCUCAGCAAGGAGAGCUCCUGCUAUCCACAGAGCACAUUAGAGCUUUGGGGGUAUUGAUGUCAGCAUCAGCCAGCAAAGAUUUGGAGAAGGUUUUCCUUCAGGCUCUCCAGAAUGAGCCAGUCCUUGCCCACGCAGUCAGUGUCGAGGUGCAGGUUCACUGCCUCAACCAGUGCUCCCACACCUCCCUUGCCAUUGUGGCCAUGCUGAUCAAGCACUCCAGGACUCACCUGCUGCAGUUUGAGCUCUGGUGCCUGAGCAGUGCCACUGGGAAGUACCUCAGGAAGCACAUGGAGAGCUUUCUCCCACUCAUUAAUGUGUAUUUGCAGUGCAGAGACCAGUAUGAUUUCACCCGACCUUCCACAGUUGUCUCUGCUGUUACCCCUGUCCUGAGGAAAGCUCUGUGGAAGGAGCUCUGCGCUGGAAUUCAGGACACAGAAGUGUCGUGUGAGACUACUGUGAAACUGCAAAUUCUUUCAAAGUUGUUGCCAUCUUCAGAAAGCAAAGGGCUGCGCAACCUGAUGGACCAGCUUCCUGCUGCUUUUGAGAGAGCAGGGAAUGAAGAGAGUUGGACAGUGGCAGAUGCCAUAUCCAGAGUGCUUGAAAACUCAGAGGAGCUGCAUUCCUGGAGGAGACGCCUGUUAUCAGCCUGCAUGAAGGGGUUAGUUGCCAUGUACAGCAGCAAUAAAGAUGAAAGCAAGCAAGAAGUGGAGAGGUCCACGCUACUGAGGCUGGAGGAAUUACUGCGCAUGGUUGGAGAAGUGGACCCAGAUGACUGGUACAGCCUUGUGAAGACAGGACUCAAGUACCGCUACAGAGAUGAAGGGUUUCUGAAAGUCCUGAAUGUUGCCUUACAGUUACUAUACAAGAAAGAAUCUUCACUUAGUCAGAGCUUAGUCAAGCUCUCCAAACUUCACAUGAUGGUCAUGCAGCACUCUCUAUUUUUGUCAGUCAUCCUGAGGUCAAGAGAAGAAGAUGGCAUGAACAUCCAGACAAGAGAGGCGCUGGUGGAUGUUCUGCUGACAGCUGUGCAGCUCAGCCCCUCUCUGUGUGAGAGCAGCCACCUCCCUGUGCUGCUGGGGGCCUACGGGGCCACUCUGAGUGCUGUAGAUCAGAAGAUACUGCUGCUGCUUCAGUUGUAUGAGAAGAAUAAUCAAAGUCUUAUAAACUCCAGAAUCCUGCUCUGGGGUCCGGCUGCUGUGGAGCAUCACAGGACUUGCAAGAGUCUGGGGAAGUCCCUCUGGCAGCAACCAAGCAUGGAGGAGAUUCUGUGUCUGCUAGACAGAGAAAAGAUGAUGAAGACAAUUCUGUCAUUCCCUCAGCAUCGCCGACUGCUGCCAUCACAGGAAAUACAAGAGUCACUAUAUAAAGAUGAAACUGUCAAGAGUCUUGAUGACUUCUAUGAUCCUUGUUUUCUACUUCAGCUCUUCAGUGAACUGACCAGACCAGAGUGUGUGGUGGCAUGUCACAAGUUUGUGGAAGUCAAUGCCCUGGGUCUCACAGUAGCUGCCCUGAGCAGCUACGAUUCCAACAUGAGAGCGGCUGCAUAUUUUGUCCUGGCUUCCUUCCGCUCCCACUUGGAAGGAGCUCGCUUUCGGGAGAAGAGCCAGUUGCUGUAUCUCUUGGAUACUGUGCAGAAUGGAAUCAGGCAGCCCAACCUCAGGUUCACCUUCUCCCUGACCCUCUACAUUGCUCGUGUGGCACAGCAGAUACUGAAACCAGAGGAGCAUAUGUAUAUAAAGGUAAACAGAUUUCUUCUAUCACACCAGUAUUUGGACCUGAAGAAAGUUCCAGGAUUUUUCCAGCUUUUCUACAGUUUUGAUUUUGAGUACAAAACAGAGCGUGAGUGGAUCCUCAGAUUUCUUGGGGAAGGACUGCGUGACAAACAUUGCUAUGAGCUUUAUGACUACCAGAGGAUUUUCCAGGUCAUUCUCUCCUUUUUCAACAGUCCUUUGUGUGAUGAGGGCUCCCAGAGUCGUAUUCUGGAGAUACUGCAAAGUGCUGCUCGUGUCACCAGAGCUGCCUAUGAGCUCAUACAGGAUCACAGCCUCCUAACCUGGGUCCUGCACAUCUUAGAGAAAAGGUUUCUGGAAAACAAGGUGAUAAAUAAAAUUAUUUCCUUACUCCAUACUCUGUGGCUAACAAAUUUAGGAGACAAGAGAGAAAGAAAGAAUCAAUCCCAGGAGAGCAGGAAAUUUCUUCCUAUUCAGCUUGUAAAUGAAUUUCUGUAUGUUUUGAUCACGUUAAUCAAACACAUUCGGACUAAUCUAGAUCUGGCCAAGCUGACUCAGUUCUUCAGCACCCUCAGUUCUGUGCUGGAAUAUCGUGCUGUGGUUGUUGAGGCCUUCAGGGAGAUGAGGCGUUUCACGGUGAAUGAGGGAGUCCUCUCCAACAGGGAGGUGCUGCUGCUGCUGCACAAGUGGAGCCUCAUCGACAAAGACUUGCAGCUGCAGGAGGACCUGCAGGCCCUUGCUCAGAAAUACCAAAUCAAAGAAUUGCUCAAAAAUAUUAAAGACAAGAACAAGCCCCAAGCCUCUUCUCGUGCAUAUCGUCACAUUCGGAAAAAGAACGGGGUUGAAGAAGAUGACACUGCUGCAGACCUGGAAGUGUCUGAGCUGGAGAAAUGCAGAGACCAUCUGAAUUCCAUAUUUGCCCACUGGGAGCCUGUUUUCCCAGCGUCACCUUCCAAACAGGGAGGGGAGCCCCUCAGGCCCAGUGACCUUGGGGAUGACUCAGUCAGUCUCACCUGUGCAUCCACUCUCAUGGUCACGAAAUGGCUGGUGAAGUCCAUGGUGGAGUACAGCCUCAGUGAGCAGAACGUGUCACUGAUGCUGCGCUGGCUCCAGGGUUGUGUUGUGCCACAGCCGGCGGCCAUGCGGGAGAUGCUCAGGGAUGAGACACUGAGGAAGAACCUUUUCAAGUUCUACACCCAGGUCUGUGAGGCUCAGCUCUCCAAAGAGCUCCCUGUGCUCACCUCCAUCAUGCUCCAGCUCAUGGAUGCUCAGGGCCUGGCCAACAGCUUCCACGAGCUUGUGAAAUCCUUGUGCCUCUCAACCAUGACAGAAGAGGAUGAGAACAAGAAAGCUGUUUGUGUAUUCCUGACAUCCGUUUACAUCAAGGACAUGUGGCUUGGAGCACGGGAACCAGAUAUGUUAAUAACUCAUGUCAGAUUGAUCUGCACUAGUGCAGAUGGAGAAAUAAACGGUGAUGACUUGGAAACUCAGGAACAAGGAGAAGAAACUAUUACGUCUCUUUGCAAAACACUUUACUUGGCAACAUCAGGGCAUUAAUUCAGGGAACUGACUCUUAAUCUUUAAUGUUCUGUGCUCUGCCAUCGUCGCUGUGAGCCGUGAAACCCUCCUGAGCUGUCCCCAUACAGACCUAACUGGUUUGGUCAUAAAAAUCAGUGUUUUAUUAUUGUUUACUGAGCAAACUCAGAGGGGGAAAAUUGUAUUCAUUGUCUCUCAGUGGGACAUUAAAGUUCCAGUUUCCCUUUUCUUGAACAGUAUGGGAACACGACAUUUAUGUAAUUUUUAUUAAGGCAUUUUUAACUUUAUGAAGAACCAAAAAGACUGUUUCCUACGCUCUGGACCUGUGUCCAGACACAGUUCCAGGCCCUGUGUCGUUGGAGUCCGUCCUCUCUCCAAUAUAAAAUGGGGAAAAAAGGCUGCAGAACGUCCCACAAUGUGGUGUAAGUGCAAAGAAGGAGGAGCUGGAGAUUUAGCCACGAUGAUAUACUAUUUCUUGAAGAACCAAGUUUAUUUCAUACCAAAACCAGUGUGAAUAAAAGACUGAACACUG